AUGUCUGGGAGCGAGGACGACAGAGACGACUACGGAGCACCGCCGGACGACCGCUUGAUGCACGAUGAUGAAGAUGAAGACAUUUCAGAGAAUGAGACUCAGAAAGUAAAGAAGAAGAAGAAGGCCAAAAAGAGCCGAGAAAGUAAGAGCAGCAAGAGGCGGUCGCGAAGAGAGGAACUCGCCAUCAGCUCCCCGGAGCCCAUGGACACUGCCGGGCCCGAGGAGGAUGGCGUCCAGGUCCGCCGCUCCGACAGCGAAGGCAGCGACUACAUGCCGGGACGCAAGAAGAAGAAACGCGCUAGCAGCGGCAAAGAGAAGAAGCGCAGCAGCGAACGGGGCUCGUCCAAGAAGAAAGAGCCAGAGCCGGAGGAGGAAGACGAUGACGAAGAUGAUGACGACUUUGCGGAACCCAAAUCAUCAUCGCAGCUGCUGGAGAACUGGGGCAUGGAGGACAUCGAUCACAUCUUCACCGAAGAGGACUAUCGUUCGCUAACAAACUACAAAGCCUUCAGUCAAUUCGUCAGGCCGCUUAUUGCCGGAAAGAACCCCAAAAUCGCCGUUUCCAAAAUGAUGAUGGUUCUCGGCGCCAAAUGGCGAGAGUUCAGCACCAAUAAUCCUCUGAGAGGAGCGGCCGCCGCCAACGCCGCCCUGGCCACGGCCAAUGUUCCCGCCGCCGUGGACAACAUGGUGGCCGAGGCCGCCCCACCGCCGCCCGCCCCGGAAGAGCCAGAGCAGCCCCCUGCGCCUCCCCUCCGAAAAGCCAAAACGAAGGAAGGCAAAGGUCCAAACGCCCGCAAAAAGUCGAAAGCGGCGUCCAAACCGCAAGAGAAGAAGAACAAUGCCAAGACUAAGAAAGUGGCGCCGCUCAAGAUCAAGUUGGGAGGCUUCAACAGCAAGAGGAAACGAUCAUCGAGCGAGGAGGACGAGCCCGAUGUGGACAGCGACUUUGAGGACGGCAGCGUGAACAACGUUUCUGUCUCGGAAGGCUCCAACAGUCGCAGCUCUCGUAGCAAAAAGAAGCCUUCGUCCAAGGCCAAGCCCAAGAGGAAGAAAGGUAACGUCGAGACAAAAGAAACCGAGGACGCCGACGGCUACGAGACGGACCACCAGGACUACUGCGAGGUGUGUCAGCAGGGCGGCGAGAUCAUCCUGUGCGACACAUGUCCGCGAGCCUACCACAUGGUCUGCCUGGACCCCGACAUGGAGAAAGCUCCAGAGGGCACCUGGAGUUGCCCGCACUGCGAAAAGGAGGGCAUCCAAUGGGAGGCGCGGGAGGAGCCCUCGGAAGGCGAGGAGGAAACCGCCGACGGCGGGGAGAUGGAGGAGGAUGACCACCACAUGGAGUUCUGCCGGGUGUGCAAGGACGGAGGCGAACUGCUGUGCUGCGACUCGUGUCCGUCAUCCUACCACAUACACUGCCUCAACCCGCCUCUGCCCGAGAUCCCCAACGGAGAGUGGAUCUGCCCGCGCUGCCUGUGCCCACCGAUGAAGGGGAAGGUCCAGAGGAUCUUGACAUGGCAGUGGGGAGAACCUCCUCCGCCGACGCCGGUGCCUCGACCGCCAGACCUCCCGGCGGACGCGCCCGACCCCGCCCCGCUGGCAGGGCGGCCCGAGCGAGAGUUCUUCGCCAAGUGGUCAAACCUGUCCUACUGGCACUGCUCUUGGGUCACCGAAUUGCAGCUGGAACUCCACUGCCAGGUGAUGUUCAGGAACUACCAGAGGAAAAACGACAUGGACGAGCCGCCGCCCAUCGACUUUGGCGACGGGGAGGAAGACAAGAGCGAAAAGAGGAAGAACAAGGACCCCAUGUAUGCCAAGCUGGACGAGAAGUACCUACGCUUUGGAAUCAAGAUGGAGUGGCUGAUGAUUCAUCGGAUCCUCAACCACAGUGUGGACAGAAAGAACACCGUGCACUACCUGAUCAAGUGGCGCGAGCUGCCGUACGAUCAGGCCACCUGGGAGGCGGACGACAUGGACAUCCCCGAGUUUGACACCUACAAGCUGCAGUACUGGAACCACAGAGAACUGAUGUUGGGUGACGACGGCAAACCGGGAAAGAAAAUCAAGGUCAAAGGCCGCGUCAAACGUCUGGACCGGCCUCCGGAGAACCCCGUCGUAGAUCCUACUAUCAAGUUCGACCGUCAGCCCGAGUACCUGGACAGCACGGGCGGAACGUUGCACCCUUACCAGCUGGAAGGCCUUAACUGGCUGCGAUUCUCCUGGGCGCAGGGCACCGACACCAUCUUGGCUGACGAGAUGGGGCUGGGCAAGACGGUCCAGACGGCCGUCUUCCUAUACUCUCUUUAUAAAGAGGGUCACUCCAAGGGUCCGUUCCUGGUCAGCGCGCCGCUCUCCACCAUCAUCAACUGGGAGAGAGAGUUUGAAAUGUGGGCCCCCGGUAUGUACGUGGUGACCUACGUGGGGGACAAAGACAGCCGGGCCGUUAUCCGCGAGAACGAGUUCUCCUUCGAGGACAACGCCAUCCGAGGUGGUAAAAAAGCCUCCAGGAUGAAGAAAGACUCGUCCAUUAAGUUCCACGUACUGCUGACGUCGUACGAGCUGAUCACCAUCGACAUGGCCAUCCUGGGCUCUAUCGACUGGGCCUGUUUGGUGGUGGACGAGGCCCACAGACUCAAGAACAACCAGUCCAAGUUUUUCCGAGUCUUGAACAAUUACCCGCUGCAACACCGACUGCUGCUAACCGGAACACCGUUACAAAACAACCUGGAGGAACUGUUCCACCUCCUCAACUUCCUCACGCCCGAGAGGUUCAGCAACCUGGAGGGCUUCCUGGAGGAGUUUGCCGACAUUGCCAAAGAGGACCAGAUCAAGAAGCUCCACGACAUGCUGGGUCCGCACAUGCUCAGGAGGCUCAAGGCCGACGUAUUCAAGCACAUGCCCUCUAAGACCGAGCUGAUCGUGCGGGUGGAGCUCAGUCCGCAGCAGAAGAAGUACUACAAAUUCAUCCUGACCCGAAACUUUGAAGCGCUUAACACCAAAGGAGGCGGCAACCAGGUGUCGCUGCUCAACGUGGUGAUGGAUCUCAAAAAAUGCUGCAACCACCCCUUCCUCUUCCCCGGAGCCGCCAUGGAAGCCCCAAAGCUGCCCAACGGUAUGUACGACGGCAGCUCGCUCAUCAAAGCCGCCGGCAAGCUGAUGUUGCUGCAGAAGAUGAUGAGGAAGCUGAAGGACGGAGGACACAGAGUACUCAUCUUCUCUCAGAUGACCAAAAUGUUGGACCUGUUGGAGGAUUUCCUGGAGAACGAGGGCUACAAAUACGAGCGUAUAGACGGCAGCAUCACGGGAGGGAUGAGGCAGGAAGCCAUCGACCGCUUCAAUGCUCCGGGCGCUCAGCAGUUCGCCUUCCUUCUGUCUACGAGGGCCGGAGGUCUUGGGAUCAACCUGGCUACCGCCGACACCGUUAUCAUCUACGACUCGGACUGGAAUCCGCACAAUGACAUACAAGCUUUCAGUCGAGCUCAUCGAAUCGGUCAGAACAAAAAAGUCAUGAUCUACCGCUUUGUCACCAAGGCGUCUGUGGAGGAGAGGAUCACGCAGGUGGCCAAAAAGAAGAUGAUGCUGACCCACUUGGUGGUCCGACCCGGCCUGGGCUCCAAGACUGGUUCCAUGUCCAAGCAGGAACUGGACGACAUCCUCAAGUUUGGAACGGAGGAGCUCUUCAAGGAUGAGGGCGAGGGCGAGAACAAGGAGGAGGACAGCAGCGUCAUCCAUUACGACGACAAGGCCAUUGACCGUCUGCUGGACCGAAACCAGGACGCCACCGACGACACGGAGCUGCAGAGCAUGAAUGAGUACCUCAGCUCCUUCAAGGUGGCGCAGUACGUGGUCAAAGAUGAGGAUGAAGAGGAGGAGGAGGUGCAACGCGAGAUCAUCAAGCAAGAGGAGAGCGUGGACCCCGACUAUUGGGAAAAGCUGCUGCGCCACCACUACGAGCAGCAGCAGGAGGACUUGGCCCGCAACCUGGGCAAAGGCAAGCGCAUACGCAAGCAGGUCAACUACAACGACGGCUCGCAGGAGGACCGAGCCGACUGGCAGGACGACCAAUCGGACGGCCAGUCGGAUUACUCCGUGGCUUCUGAGGAGGGAGACGAGGACUUUGACGAACGAUCGGAAGCCAAUUCACGGCGGCCCAACAGGAAAGGCCUGCGUAACGACAGAGACAAGCCACUUCCCCCCCUGCUGGCCAGGGUGGGAGGCAACAUUGAGGUGUUGGGCUUCAACUCGCGGCAGAGGAAGGCCUUCCUGAACGCUGUCAUGCGUUACGGCAUGCCGCCGCAAGACGCCUUUACCACGCAGUGGUUGGUCCGAGACCUGCGAGGGAAAUCGGAGAAGGAGUUCAAGGCUUAUGUCUCUCUGUUCAUGCGUCACCUGUGCGAACCCGGAGCCGACGGCGCCGAGACCUUCGCGGACGGCGUCCCCAGGGAAGGCUUGUCGCGUCAACAUGUGCUGACCCGCAUCGGCGUCAUGUCACUCAUCCGGAAGAAGGUGCAAGAGUUCGAGCACGUCAACGGCCUGUGGUCGCUGCCGUGGAUGGCCGAACUGGAGGAGAACAAGAGGGCCGCGCAGCCCGACUCGCCGGGAAAGACGCCGUCCACUGGGACGCCCGCAGACACGCAACCCAACACGCCCGCUACAGUUGACGAAUCAAAAAGCGAUGAGCCCGUCAAGGACGGAGACAAAGAAGUGAAAAAAGACGGCGAGCCGGACAGGAACGGAAAAGACGCCCCCAAGAGCGGGAACGAGGUCAUCGCCAUCCCCGACGACCAGGACAAGAGUCCGCCGCUGCCGGAGGAGAAGAAGAAGACAGAGGAGCCCGCGGAGGCGGUCAAGGCCACCAACGGAGAAGCCGAUGGCGCCAAGGACGGCGAGAGCGACAAGAAAAGUCCGAGUACGGAAGACUCUGCUUCGCCGUCAGAUGCCAAGAGCGAAGACUCAAAAAAUCAAGACUCUGAGGGCAAAGAUGACAAGCCAGAGAAGAUGGACACGACUCCUGCCCCAGAGGACAAGAAAGUCGCCAAGGACGAUAAAGAGGCUCCGAAAAGCGAGGAGGUAGCCAAACUGCAAAACGGCGACGGCACCAAGGAGAGUGCCGCCGCCCUGGAGGAGAAGAAGAAAGCCAAGGGCCGCUUCAUGUUCAACAUCGCCGACGGAGGCUUCACGGAACUCCACUCGUUGUGGCAGAACGAAGAGCGUGCCGCCACUGUGACUAAGAAGACCAAUGAAAUCUGGCACCGACGUCACGACUACUGGUUGCUGGCGGGAAUCAUACAACACGGCUACGCUCGCUGGCAAGACAUCCAGAACGACGCCAAGUUCGCCAUCCUCAACGAGCCCUUCAAGGGGGAGAUGAACCGAGGAAACUUCCUGGAAAUCAAGAACAAGUUCUUGGCCAGGAGAUUCAAGCUUUUGGAGCAGGCGCUAGUGAUCGAGGAGCAGCUACGCCGUGCCGCCUACCUCAACAUGUCUGAGGACCCGUCGCACCCCUCCAUGGCGCUCAACACACGCUUCAGCGAGGUGGAGUGCCUGGCCGAGUCGCACCAACACCUCAGCAAGGAGUCCAUGUCGGGAAACAAGCCGGCCAACGCCGUCCUGCACAAAGUGCUGAAGCAGCUGGAGGAGCUCCUGAGCGACAUGAAAGCGGACGUGACCCGUCUGCCGGCGACCAUCGCCCGAAUCCCGCCGGUGGCCGUCCGUCUACAGAUGUCUGAGAGGAACAUCCUCAGCCGCCUGGCCAGCCGCGGGCCUGACACGCACACGCAGACGCACGCCCAACAGGUACGUGUGCCCCCACCUAACUGA